AUGUCUGCUGAGAUCUCCUCUGAAAGCGCGUCCGCGAUAUCUUACGAUGCACAACCAAACAAGAAAGAAGCCUUUGAGGCCAAUGAGGUGCAAACCUCGGAAAUAAAUCACGAGAUGGACCGCGAUAUCUCGGGAGACAUAUCGACGACGGAUUACGCCGAGGGCCCAUCAUUCAUGGGAAUAAACGGAUUCGGGCAAGUCUUUGUGCUUGCUGCUGCAUAUUACGUCGGCACAGAAAUCGUUUCACUAGCAGCCGCAGAGUCUAAGAAUCCGCAAAGGGAUGUUCUGAGGGUGGAUAGUCUCAUUUUCUGUAUCUUGACGUUUAAGGGAAACUACUCAUUGAUGACCUCCAGGGGACCAAUUCCAUCGCUUACCGAAUACUUAGCCUCGUCCCCAUUCACCAUCGGGUUCGAACUAGCCGGCUGGAAACCCGCCGGGCAUUUCGUCAACGCCAUCACCGUCGUCGCGUUCAUCUCUGCCGGAAACGGGGUGGUCUACGUCCAAUCCCGAACCCUCUUUUCCCUCGCAAAAACCGGCAGAGCUCCCAAAAUCUUCAGCACCACGACAAAACGCGGCGUUCCCUGGGCUGCCAUCCUACCCUCCACCCUCUGGGGCUUCCUCUCCCUCAUGAACCGCAAGCGCAGCGCCGGCGCCGUCUUCUCGUACAUCCCCUCCGUCGUCGGCGGCACCGCCGCCUACACCACCUAG